GUUGCCUCCCCUGCCAAGCUGUAAGAGCUGCCUGACCGCAAGGACGACCGGAUGAGAUGGUGCCCUGCUAUCUGCAGCUGAGUUCAACUGGGGUUGAACGGGCAUCAUGUCAGGCCUGAUAACGGAUGAAACCAAAGGACCAUUAGAUUGCUAGACGCAGACAUCUUUUACUUCAUCUUAGACGUUUUUUUUAAGUGCUGAAGAUGAUUCAAAUGAUCUGUCUGGUGAUGCUGCUUCCUGAAGUGGCUCACUCUGCUCAGGGUCACUUUGCUCACAAGCUCCUGAACGAUUUGAUGGAGAAUUAUUCCAGUGCUCUGCGGCCUGUAGAGGAUACAGACAGAGCGCUCAAUGUCACCUUACAGAUCACCCUCUCUCAGAUCAAAGACAUGGAUGAGAGGAAUCAGGUGCUGAUUGCAUACCUCUGGAUCCGGCAGACGUGGCAUGACACGUACCUGAGGUGGAACAAGGAUGACUAUGAUGGACUGGAGGUGAUCCAUAUCCCAAGCAGUCUGGUGUGGAGGCCCGACCUCGUCCUCUAUAAUAAAGCUGACGAUGAUUUCUCAGGGCCAAUGGACACCAACGUGAGACUGCGCUACAACGGAGAGAUCACCUGGGAUGCUCCUGCCAUCACCAAGAGCUCCUGCGUGGUGGACGUCUCCUACUUCCCCUUUGACAGCCAGGAAUGUAACCUGACAUUUGGCUCCUGGACCUACAAUGGAAACCAGGUAGACAUCAUCAUGGGCAUGGACAGCGGUGACCUGUCAGACUUUGUGGAGAACGUGGAGUGGGAGUGCCACGGCAUGCCAGCCACUAAGAAUGUCAUCAUGUAUGGCUGCUGCUCUGACCCAUAUCCAGACAUCACCUAUACCGUGCUCCUUCAGCGCCGAUCCUCCUUUUACAUCUUCAACCUCCUCCUCCCAUGCUUCCUCAUCUCCUUCUUGGCUCCUCUGGGUUUCUACCUGCCUGCAGACUCUGGAGAGAAAGUUUCCCUUGGAGUGACGGUUCUUCUGGCUCUUACUGUGUUUCAGCUGAUGGUGGCAGAGAGCAUGCCUCCAUCUGAGAGUGUGCCCCUCAUAGGGAAGUACUAUAUUGCCACUAUGACCAUGGUCACAGCCUCCACAUCCCUCACCAUCUUCAUUAUGAACAUCCAUUUCUGUGGUGCAGAAGCAAAACCAGUCCCUCACUGGGCUAAAGUCCUCAUCAUUGACUAUAUGUCCAAGAUUUUCUGUGUUUAUGAAGUGGGCGAGAACUGCGCCUCUGCAUCCUCCUCUUCCUCUACUUCUUCUUUUCAUUCCCCCCAGGAUGACACCCGUUACCAGCACUACAGCUCCCACAUUCAUGCCAACGGUAAACCAGGAAACCAUGCUAACCGACAAGACUGGCAGAGUCAGAAAUACCCCAGACAUCAAACCCCGAAGCCACAGCAACAUCCCAGGGUGAGAGCACAACACCACAUCACAAGAGAGGAGAAGAGCCACCUCUCCAGCUCUGCACCUGGAAAAUAUAAAGGCUCUAAUGGGAAGAUCCCUACAGGGGACUGCUGCCCUGAAGACCAGAAGGUCCCCUGUUACCCUGAAGACCAAAAGCUCCCUUGCUGCCCUGAAGACAAAAAGCCCCCACCUACAGGUACCGCAGUUACCUUCGGCCCCUGUGUGUUCUGUAGCUAUGGAACCGGAUUCCCUGGGGUGGACACCAAACUGGUGCGCAAUGUUGAGUAUAUUGCCAACUGUUUCCGAGAGCAGAGAGCCACGUGCGCCAAAGGAGCAGAGUGGAAGAAGAUUGCUAAAGUGAUGGACAGAUUCUUCAUGUGGAUCUUCUUUAUCAUGGUUUUCCUCAUGAGCAUCCUCAUCAUCGGCAAGGCACCAUGACGGACCAAUGAUGCUGCAAAGUUUUUUUUCCUCCAUUUCAUCAUGUAAAAAAGAAGAGGGACUACAGUUUGUUUUAUAAAUGGACUUUUUGGCGUUUCCUUUAUUAAUAGCCAUAUAUUCAGGAGAUUUGAAAAAUACCACAUUUGGAUUUGCAAACACUGUUUCAUGUUAUCGCAGGUGCAAUAUUAUGUUGAAACACCAUUCUCUUGUACACGUGCUAAUGUGGUCACUUAUUCACAACAGCAUUACAUUUUUUGUUUUCAACUAAACGUAAAAAUGGACCACAUUAUGGCUACGUUCACACUGCAAGGCUUA